UAGAGUCUACUCAGUACGGGCCAUAGACUAGGGCUACCACUAGAGUAUCAUCACUGAUCAUCAAAGACUAUCAAUAUGAGAAAAUGGUCGAUCUAUUCAGCUCGCCAAAAUACUGUUGUGCGAUGAUGAAAAGCAUACAAUCCCCUUUUCAUGGCGACAUCUUACUGAACACCAUGAUUAUGAUCUAGCAGUUAUUGGAGGUGGAUCAGGGGGACUGGCUUGUGCCAAAGAAGCUGCUUCUUACAACAAAAAGAUUGUUGUUUUGGAUUAUGUGGAACCAACGCCAAAUGGUACUCAGUGGGGUCUGGGAGGUACUUGUGUUAAUGUUGGAUGUAUUCCCAAGAAGCUAAUGCAUCAGGCUUCAUUACUAGGAGAAGCCAUUGAGGAUUCUAGACACUAUGGAUGGAAGGUUCCUACCGACAUCAACCACUCCUGGGAAGAGAUGGUGGAAGCAGUGCAGAAUCAUGUCAGGUCACUGAACUGGGGUCAUCGAGUGCAACUUAAAGACAAGAGAGUUGAAUAUCUAAAUGCAAAAGGCACCUUUGUAGAUGAGCACACUGUCAAGGCUGUCAUGAGAAAUGGAGAUGAGAGGACGUUGACUGCUGGUAAUAUAGUCCUUGCAACAGGAAUGCGACCAAGAUACCCAACAAAUGUUCCUGGGGCAGUGGAGCAUAGCAUGACUAGUGAUGACCUCUUCUCAUUAACAAAAUCACCUGGAAAAACGCUUGUUAUAGGUGGAAGCUAUGUUGCUUUAGAGUGUGCUGGUUUCCUGAAGGGGCUUGAUUUACCUGUCACAGUGAUGGUGCGGUCCAUAUGCCUCCGAGGUUUUGACCAGCAAAUGGCAGGUUUGGUCACCGGCUACAUGGAGGAUACCGGCAUUGAAUUUCUUUGGCAGUCUACACCCAAGAGUCUUGAAAGAAACAAUGAUGGAACAAUAUCAGUCAGAUGGAGUGACUGCAGGGGACAUGAAGAGAUGGACACAUUUGACACUGUACUCUUUGCUAUAGGAAGAGAUCCUCAAACAACAAAACUUGGUCUGGAAAACACAAGUGUAAAGCUUCAUUCCAAUGGCAAGAUCCUGGGUAGAAAUGAGCAAAGCUCUGUACCACACAUCUACGCCAUUGGCGAUAUAUUGGAGGGUUGUAAUGAGCUGACACCGGUUGCCAUUAAAGCUGGUAAGCUGCUAGCACAUCGACUGUUUGGAGGAAGGUCAGAGGUCAUGGAUUAUGAAAAGGUUGCAACCACUGUCUUCACACCAUUGGAGUAUGGUACAGUGGGACUAUCAGAAGAAGAUGCCAUACAGAGAUAUCAAGAAGAUGACCUUGAGAUCUACCAUGCAUUCUACAAACCAUUGGAAUAUUCUGUAGCUGACAGGUCAUCUGACCAGUGCUAUAUCAAGGCAAUAUGUUUACGGGAAGGAGAGCAAAGGAUCCUGGGAUUGCACAUAGUAGGACCCAAUGCUGGAGAGAUAAUACAGGGUUUUGCAGUAGCCAUCAAAUGUGGUGUGAGCUACAGGCAGCUAGCAUCCACUGUGGGUGUUCACCCAACCUGUGCAGAGGAGCUUGUCAAGCUUCAUAUCACAAAGCGGUCAGGACUAGACCCUACAGUCACAGGAUGUUGAGGUUAAGCCACUCCCUUCUCUCAUCAACCCACCUCUAGUUUUCAUAGUGAAAUUGGUAUUAUGUCAUAUGUAAUCAACCAAAGAAUAUUGAAUUCAAACUAUUGCUCUGUGGAAUAUGUGAUUUGUGUUCCUUUCCUAGUUUCCUGUGGACCAGAAGGGCUGCCAAAUAUGACAUGUUUUGGUCUAUAGCAUUGGUUGAUUUAUUGACGUCUUUUCACACUAUGUAAACAUCUUGAUGGCCUCUUAAAUGAAAAUAUCAACAUCCAAUCAUGACUCCUACAAAAUCAGUCAACGUAGCUGUCAGACGGAAUUAUCAAACCAUUCUUGAACUACUAUUUUCCCCACAUUUUUCCCCAUGAAACAGUGAAAUGGUAUCCCUUUAUUACAAUGAACAUUUGAUAUUGCUCCAUUCAAUAACAGAUCUGCUGUGCACUCUGGGUUUUGGGAACACUCAGCAGCCACAGACAGUUUCAUGGGCACUGUGGAUUUUUAGUCUUUUUUGUAAUUAUGUACCCUUUGGAACAUCAUCGUCUCGAUUAAAUGGUGAAAAGCUGUCAUAAAUUAUGCAUCAGGAAUUUGGAAAAACAUUUUAAAAGUUUAGAGGUGUGGUGGGAGAUAGGAGGAGGGAGUCUCUUUUUUUUGUAAAAUAAGAAAAGUAAUCUGCAUGAUUGUAGGGUGUUAAGCCAGUCAUUACAGCUGCUUUACAGACACAUUAAGGUUGCAGGUAGCUCUGGAUCAAGUAGUUUAUGCUCACACCACGCAAAGCUACAAGUCUAUUGUAUUAUUGAAUCAUAUCAUCAGAUAUUCGGACAGGAUGUGUCCAUAUUGACAAUAAUUACUGAAUAGUUGCCAGUCAUGAUGAGUCAUUGACAAGGCGAUUAAAUCCUGAGCUCAUUUGAUUGUAUUCAGUCUGGGCAGGUGACUGGUCUAGCGCCCUCUAUCAUGUUCCUGUCUCAAUGACAGUCUUUCCUUAAACCGAAAUACGGUGGGUUAGACUUGAGGCGAUUAUGACAGGGAACAAUGAAUAUUCAUGCAUUUUGCUUGGAACCGUUUAUCAGGCUACCAGCAAUGCAGUACAUGUAUUUUGAUUUAAAAAUUAUGCAAUUAUGCUAGAAGAUGAUUACACCAAAGGAUUAUAAUUUAUUGAUAAUGAAUAAAAAGUGUUUGCACUUUCAUAUUCAAAUUUUAUUUAGAUUUAUUCAAAUUUUGGGUUUUACUUGAAUUGUGUGGCUUUGUUCACUACAUUUGUUUGAUUUGUUAUGAAUAAAUGCUGAAAUUGCUGAAUAAUAA